GCUGGAACCGUACUCGUAUGAUUCAACAGUAGUAGAGUAACCGUAGCGUAGCAACGUUGCUUUCGCAGUACUUCAAAUGGCCGAGAAGCAAUCUCAGAGACAGAAUCACAGAACCGGAGAGAAAGAGAAAGAAAGAGAGAGAGAAUUUCAUUGACCGCCAUUGAAGCUUUGCUUCUUCUAUCUCUCACUCAUAACAAAAUUCCCCACACACAUUCUUCAUUUUCUCAUUCUCUCCAAUUUCAACACUGUUACGGUUCAUAAUUCUUCCAAUUAAGACAAAAUUUGAGGUGUGUACGGUUCAAUUGGACCUUCUACGCUGCGUUUUGUUCGCUCAAUGGACCAAGCUCCGGGAGGAUUGCGCGGAUCCGUGCAUGACGGCGCUACGCUCGAGUCAAUUCAAUUCAACGAAGAAAUUCAGGGAAUCAUGGCGCCGGUGCCGGCGCCGGAAAACGCUAACUCGUUCACCGCGCUGCUUGAACUCCCGCCGACGCAGGCGGUGGAGCUCCUUCACUCGCCGGAAUCCGACAGCGCUCGGAAACCGCCUAAUUGCCACGUCAGCGCGAACCAGAAACCCUACCUGCCCAACUCUUUCGGCAGCAAUUUAACCUUCCCUUCCAACGCCGCCUUAAUCGAACGCGCCGCGAAGUUCUCUGUGUUCGCCGGCGAGAACUCGCCGCUUCCGCCGGAGGAGGCGUGCCUGGUUCCGGCCGGGACCGGUUCCGUUUCGAAUUUGGAUAGAGUGAAGAACGAGCCACAGGAGACCGAUUCGAACCCGUGCUCGAGCUCGAGGCUGGGUUGCAUUUCGGAUCCCGCGGUGGAGAACAACAAUCAGAGGACCGCCAAGAGAAAGGAGCGAGAGAAGAAGCUAACAGUUAAAGGAUCGUCGAAGAAGAGUAAAAGCAUCGCCGAUGAGACCUCCGGUGACGGCGAGAAGCUUCCUUACGUUCAUGUUCGAGUUCGUCGAGGUCAAGCCACUGAUAGCCAUAGCUUGGCAGAAAGGGCUAGGAGAGAGAAGAUCAACGCUCGCAUGAAGCUUUUGCAAGAGCUGGUCCCAGGCUGCGACAAGAUAUCAGGGACGGCAAUGGUUCUGGAUGAAAUCAUCAACCAUGUGCAAUCUCUACAGCGUCAAGUGGAGAUCUUAUCAAUGAAACUGGCAGCAGUUAACCCUAGAAUUGAUUUCAGCCUCGACAGUUUAUUGGCUACUGAUGGGGCAUCUCUAAUGGAUAAUAACUUACCUAGCAUGGUGACACCUCUCAUGUGGCCAGAAAUCCCACUCAAUGGCAACCGGCAGCAUUAUCAACAGCAGUGGCAAUUGGAUGCAUUCCACCAACCUCUCUGGGAGAGGGAAGAAGUCAACCAUAAUUUCAUGACUCCGGAAAACUCACUUUUGAGUUAUGACUCGUCGGCAAACUCAGCUUCUCUGCACUCAAAUCAAUUGAAGAUGGAGCUCUGAAAGCGUACAGAAGUCGUACCAGUAGCUAUUAGCCUAGUAGUGUAUAUAUCAAAUAUAGUAUUUGCAGUUAGCUGUGAUUUGAGUGGUCUCAACUCUCCAGAUUUAGCAGGGUUUCCAUGUCUUCUAUUUGUCAGAGGCGGUUGGAAACCUGGAUUUUCUUUGGCCCGGAAGUAAGAUGAAUAAUUGGCAUGCUAUUCUUAUAUAAAUUACUAUGUAUACUAACUAUAGGGUUUAUUCAAUCCAUGAGGUGAUUGAUUCAAGAUUGUAAAAUCAUAGAACGGACUGUUACUGAACUAUUAUCAUGGGAGUGAGUGCUUUGUUCAUUAAAUGCUACUCUUAGAUGAUUGGCUCUUUACGAGGAUUUUCCUGAACAAGCUACUUUAAUUCUGAAUUACUUACAGUAUUUUCUUUCUUUUGCA